GCCCUUUCAGCGACAGGCAGAAGUGUGUGGAUGUGCCGAACCAAACCUGAAACAUUUGUCUCUUCAACCUGUCAUCCUUCUCUGGGUCAGCCAGUGACUGAGACAUUCUGACAGGACACCCCCAGGAUGCCACCCAAGAAAGUGGAAAUCCAAGUGGAGGAAAAUGAAGAUGAUACUGAGGAAAGUUCGAGUGAAGAGGAAGAGGAGGAGGACGAUGGUAAACUGCCUCGAAGAGAAACCAUGAGACCACAGAGGAAACGGACCAGAGAUGUUAUCAGUGAGGAUGAUCCGCCACCUGAACCAGAGGAUGAAGAAACAAAGAAGGCCAGAGAAAAAGAGAGGAAGAAAAAGCUGAUGAGAGGAGCGGAAGACGAUGAUAUCGAUGAAGCAGAAUUGGAAAGACUGAAGGCAGAGUUAGAUGAGCAAAGACUAAUGAUUGCUACUGUCAAAUGCAAACCAUGGAAAAUGGAGAAGAAAUUUGAAGUUCUCAUGGAAGCAAAAAAAUUUGUGAAUGAAAAUGAAGGAGCUCUUGGGAAAGGAAAAGGAAAACGGUGGUUUGCAUUUAAGAUGAUGAUGGGCAAGAAAUGGGCAAAAUUUCUCCGUGAUUUUGAGAUCUUCAAAGCUGCUUGUAUCCCAUGGGAAAAUAAGAUCAAGGCAAUUGAAAGUCAGUUUGGUUCAUCAGUGGCCUCAUACUUCACCUUCAUGAGAUGGAUGUAUGGAGUAAAUAUGGUUAUGUUCGUCCUGACAUUUAGCCUCAUCAUGUUGCCAGAGUACCUCUGGGGUUUGCCAUAUGGCAGCAUACCUAGAAAAACAGUUCCCAGACCUGAAGAGGACUCUGCCGCGAACUUUGGCGUGUUGUUCGACUUUAACGGUUUAGCACAAUACUCCGUCCUCUUCUAUGGCUAUUAUGACAAUCGAAGAACUGUUGGAGCGCUGAAUUUCAGAUUGCCGCUCUCCUAUUUCCUAGUGGGGAUCGCGUGCAUUGGAUACAGCUUUCUGGUUGUCCUUAAAGCGAUGACCCAAAAUAUUGGUGAUGAUGGUGGUGAUGAUAACACUUUCAACUUCAGCUGGCAGGUGUUCACCAGCUGGGACUACCUGAUUGGCAACCCUGAAACAGCAGACAAUAAAUUCAAUUCUGUCACAAUGAACAUUAAGGAAGCUAUAAUGGAAGAAAGAGCGGGCGAAAUAGAAGAAAAUGUCCACUUGAUCAGAUUCCUGAGGUUUCUUGCUAACUUCUUCGUGUUUCUGACACUUGCUGCGAGUGGAUACCUCAUCUUUUGGGCUGUGAAGCGAUCCCAGGAAUUCGCACAGCAAGACCCUGACACCCUUGGGUGGUGGGAAAAAAAUGAAAUGAACACAGUCAUGUCCCUCCUGGGGAUGUUCUGUCCAACAUUGUUUGAAUUAUUUGCUGAAUUGGAAGACUACCAUCCCCUCAUUGCUCUGAAAUGGCUACUGGGACGCAUUUUUGCUCUUCUUUUGGGCAACUUGUAUGUAUUUAUUCUUGCCUUGAUGGAUGAGAUUUACAACAAGAUUGAAGAGGAGAAGCUAGUAAAGGCUAAUAUUACCCUUUGGGAAGCCAACAUGAUCAAGGCCUAUAAUUCAUCAGUCACUGGAAAUGGCACUGCAGCUCCCUUUUUUGUGCCUCCUGCAGAUGUACCCCGAGGACCCUGCUGGGAAACAAUGGUGGGACAGGAAUUUGUGCGGCUGACUGUUAAUGAUGUUUUGACCACCUAUGCCACAAUCCUCAUUGGGGAUUUUCUCAGAGCAUGUUUUGUAAGAUUUUGCAAUUACUGCUGGUGCUGGGAUUUGGAAUAUGGAUAUCCUUCCUACACUGAAUUUGACAUCAGCGGCAACGUCCUCGCUCUGAUCUUCAACCAAGGAAUGAUCUGGAUGGGCUCUUUCUUUGCUCCCAGCCUCCCAGGCAUCAAUAUCCUUCGGCUCUACACAUCCAUGUACUUCCAGGGCUGGGCCGUAACAUGUUGUAAUGUUCCUGAGGCCAGAGUCUUCAAAUCUUCCCGAGGGAAUACCUUCUACCUGGGCAUGCUCUUACUCAUCCUCUUCCUGUCCACCAUGCCUGUCCUGUACAUGAUCGUAUGCCUCCCGCCAUCUUUCGAUUGUGGCCCUUUCAGUGGCAAAAAUAGGAUGUUCGAAGUCAUUGGAGAAACUCUGGAUAAUGAUUUCCCAAGCUGGAUGGCAAUGAUCUUGAGACAGCUUUCUAACCCUGCACUGAUGCUUGCCGUGGCUUUGGUUAUGGUGUUGACCAUCUAUUAUCUUAAUGCUUCUGUAAGUGGCCAGAAGGCAGCAAACCAGGAACUAAAAAAGAAGAUGAAACAGCAAGCUUUGGAGAACAAAUUGCGAAACAAGAAAAUGGCAGCUGCACGAGCAGCUGCAGCUGCUGGUGGCCAGUAACGUUCAUAGAUGUGCUGGGGGCUCAGAAGUAUUCCUCACCUUGCUGCUUAAAAACAAUGACAUAUGUGAAGGCCCAGAGAACACGCAUUAUGCUAUUCCCCUGUUCUAUCCCUGAUGGAUUAUCAAGGUCAUACUGGUCAAUAAGGCAUCACCAGUUCGAAAUGGAAGAUCUCCACCUUUUUCAAAUUAAGGAUUUGGUCGCACUGUUAUUGUCUCCCCUGACUCGUUUUCUUGACAUUUUUCUCUUAACAAAUUGAGUUUAAAAGAGGAUGUAAUUCAGCAAUAUGGGUUUACUUAAUGGGUUCAUUUUAAAACCUUUGGCUCCUUACGGAGUUUCAUUUUAUAUGUUUCUUCUGCCUUCAUUUUCUUGGCCUGGGAGCGGUACUGCUUUGCACUCUUUUUUCAAGUUUAGACAUAGCUUCAUAAUUAUUCAUUAUAAGCAUUUAUUAACUCACUUUUUGAAACCAACACCCUGUUUUCUCUCUUUUUUUUUUUCUACCUGUCUCUCCAUCCACGACCUCCACAAAUACGCACCCAAGAUCUUUCUAUUUGCUGCUGGAUUUAGUAUGAAAUAAAAUGUUGUUUUCUGCAGAAAUAUCCUAAGUGAAUUAGGGGCCUGAUUAGCACAGGGUUGAAUGUCUCUGACCUUGAGGAGGUACAUGGGUCUUAGACAGCUCAACUCUUUAUGAUUUUUCUGUUUUUUUAAAUGACAUCAUAAGUGAUUGCUAUUUCAUCACAGUUUGAUCAUCUGACCCCCAUUGAUCACAUCUCCUGAGCUUAGAUUCCCAUAGUCUAUAUUUUUUUCUUUGCUGCUUGUUAAGGUUAGGAAAACACACACUUUUUUUGGGGGAGGGGGGCACUUCAGUUUAUAGAUGUGUUUAAGCAUUAUUAUUUAUUUAAAGUUUAAAUUGACUUUGAAUGGUAACAGUUAAUGCCCUUAGCCAGCCUUGCUGUGUGACGUCAAUUACAUCUCCUAACUCAUAGUGUCCUUUUCCAGAGGUAAGCCAAUUUGCCUGCCAUUCCCUGUAAAUGACUUGCUGAUUUUUAUUCCCCUGUCUUUGAGUUUCUUCUUUUCAAUAUCCAAAUGGCUAUAGAAUGAUCACUCUGUUCCUAUGCCAAUCCAUGUGCUAUUCACUUCCAUCAUACCAAAUUCAAGACUUACUGCCUGUGGUCAAAUUUUCCAGAUUAGCUUUCAUUCCCACUUGUAUCAUUUCUUUGAUAGACUUUAUUAGAGUUUAUUAUUUUAUUGAUUUUCCUGUGAUUUGUAAUGGUUCUUUAUUGUUUCUUAUAUGUAUUGAUUAUCUUUCCUAUCCAGAUUAUAAGCUUCCUAUGAGCAGGGAUUAUAACUUUAAUUCUCUCAUAUGCCUAGUAUAGUGCUGAGCAUAGGUAGGCGCUGAAUAAAUGCUUGUUAAUUAAAUUGAAUCAAUUUAACUUAUAGCAGUUGCACUGUGAAACAAAAGCUUCUGUUAUCUGCGUGAACAUAUUAUUAUGAUGUAAGAAAUGGAAUUAUCUGUUGAUAUGCUGACUUUAUUGUCUCAUUAGAUUAUAAUGAACAUGAGUAAAUAAAGCUAGUGCUUAUUUCUGCUUG